CAGCCGCAUCGCAUCCACCGCACCACCCACCCACACCCCUCUUAGAUCAAUUCACACGUAUUUCACACAGCCGCAACGAUGCCUCCCAAGUACAUGACUGGCAAGGGCCGCACCGUUCAAGAGCCCAGCUUCGCCUCCAGUACCAUCUCGGCCUUUACCAGCAAGGAAAACAGGAGCAUUGUCACUGCUGCUGGAAUGUUCGCUCUUGGUGUCGCUUUCCUGCACAGCAGCUGGGCUGAGAUUCUUCUGCCUGCGUAAACGAACCGAUUGGAUACUGGAAAACGAAACAACACAUGCGCUACCAUUGAAUAUUCUGACGCCAGGAUUGAGUAUCAAUGUUCGUGCAUAAGACCCAGUCUGUGAUCAGAAGAAAAAAAAUCAAACGAAUCUCUACGCCUGUGUACAUAUACCAAAUUUCACCUCAGGGACUAGCAAUGGAAUGGGCGUUCAGGCACAGCUAUGAUGGUGGGGGAAAAUUAAGUGAACCUGAACAAGGUUCCAAGCAUCUUUGUAACAUUAUGUAACAAUAAUCUCCCUCUUACCCC